AUGGCGGUCCUCCAUCAGUAUGAUUACAUCUUCGCCAUCGGUACCAUCUUUGCGUUCCUCGAUGCGUGGAACAUUGGUGCCAACGAUGUUGCCAACUCCUGGGCCACUUCGGUCUCGUCCCGAUCCAUCUCCUACAUCCAUGCCAUGUUUCUAGGUUCCGUCCUCGAGUUUGCCGGUUCCGUCGGUGUUGGCGCUCGCGUUGCAGACACUAUCCGUACCAAGAUUGUCGACAUCGAACUCUUCGAGAACGACCCGGCUCUCCUCAUGCUCGGAAUGUGCUGUGCCGUUACCGCCUCCGCCAUCUACCUCACUAUCUGCACCAGGAUUGGCCUCCCCGUCUCCACCACCCACUCCAUCAUGGGCGGUGUCAUCGGCAUGGGUGUCGCCCUCAUCGGUGCUGAGAACAUCCACUGGGUUUCCGAGAGCGGCAGCAUCGACUCUGGUGUUGUUUCCGUCUUCCUCGCGUGGAUCAUUGCCCCCGGUCUCUCUGGAGUAUUUGGCGCCAUCAUCUUCUCCAUUACAAAGUUCGCUAUCAUGUUGCGCCAAAACCCCGUCAUGAAGGGUCUAAUCUCCGUGCCCUUCUACUUCGGAAUAACGGCCUCUCUCCUGACUAUGUUGAUCGUCUGGAAGGGCGGCUCCAUCAAGGUUACCUUCAGCGACGCCGAGACGGCUGGUAUGAUUAUCGGUGUUGGUGCGGCCUGGGGUCUUUUAGUCACCAUCUUCCUCGUCCCUUGGUUGUACCGCAUUGUCGUCAAGAAUGACUGGGAACUGCGCUGGUACCACAUCAUUUUCGGCCCUCUCCUGCUCAGGCGCCCCGAACCCCCCGUUCAGCCCGAGGGCGCGACCGGAGGUAUCCGUGAUUUCUACGCCGGCCACAUGACCAAGGAAGAGCUCGAAGCUGCCCGCAGCAGCGGUGUUGCUCAGACCCACAGCAACGAUGUUGAGUCCGGCUCUGGCGACGGUGAGACUAAGGUCGUCCAGGAAUCUGCCGGCUCCGCGACAACGACUCCCCGUAACAAUGACUACGCUCACAAGUCCAUCGUCGGUCCCCGCCCCGAGGGGGCCUGGUUCAGCCGCUCCGUCCUUUUCUGGAUGCUCAAAAAGGCUUUCCUCUCAGGUGUCGACCAGGACAUCAUCAACAUGCAGAAGAAGGAGAGCGUCCUUACCGGCGACCUGGAGGAAAUGCACGCCCGCGUCGAGCACUACGACAACAAGGCCGAAUAUCUGUACUCCUUCAUGCAAAUCAUGACCGCAUGCACAGCUUCCUUCACGCACGGCGCCAACGACGUCGCCAAUGCUAUCGGCCCUUACGCUACCAUCUUCCAGAUCUGGAACACGGGCGUCCUGUCCGGCAGCAAGUCUGAGGUUCCUAUCUGGAUUCUCUGCUUCGGCGGUGCCGGUAUCGCCCUCGGUAUCUGGACCUACGGCUACAACAUUAUGCGCAACCUCGGCAACCGUUUGACUCUUCAUUCCCCUGCCCGUGGUUUCUCCAUGGAGCUGGGUGCCGCUGUUACGAUCAUUCUGGCCACCCGCCUUAAGCUCCCCGUCUCCACCACUCAAUGCAUCACUGGUGCCACUGUCGGUGUCGGACUCUGCUCCGGUACCUGGCGCUCCAUCAACUGGCGUAUGGUUGCAUGGAUCUACAUGGGCUGGAUCAUCACUCUCCCCACGGCCGGUAUCAUCUCCGGUUGUUUGGCCGGUGUCAUCGUCAACGCCCCCCGCUGGGGUAUGUCCAAUUAG